CUCUCCUUUCUGGCGCGCAGCAUGAGCGCGGCCGCUCAGUCUCCUACCAUGGUGCAGCCGGAGGCCGGAGGAGGCGAGCGGGAGCCCUUGCCUCCGGGCUGGGAGGUGAAGAUCGACCCACAGACCGGCUGGCCUUUCUUUGUGGAUCAUAACAGCCGCACCACUACUUGGAACGACCCGCGCCUGCUGGGGGACCAUCUGAAGGAUAUCCAAUCAGCAAAUGGUCCAUCUCGAAAUAGUCCAAACCAGUCCCAAGUCAGAGAUGGAAGCAUCAUAUACCCAAAGCUUCGUGCCGGCUACAUCCCCAUUCCAGUCAUACAUGAAGGUGCAGAAAACAGACCGCAAUACUCAUUCUCUUCUGGCUACCAGCCUGGCAUGCAGCGAGUCAAGUCAGAAACCAUUCCUGGCACAAUGCGAGCCCCAUCACCUCUAAGGGGAAGUUUUGCCCGUCCACAGUCCCCUGCUAGAAGACUUGCAGAAGCUGCUGAGACAGAUAAACAAUGUGGACAGACAACAACAGCUGCACCGGCCCAUGUACCCUGCUCCCAUGGAACUGAGCAGCCUCCAUCACCUGCAUCUUCUGAAUCACCAACCAUUUCCCCUCAGUCAUCAGGCAGGCCCAGCCUGGGAAACCACCAGCUCCCUCAUGGAUAUAUUCAGAUCCCUGUGAUCCACGAGGGAAAUGUUCCAAGACAACCAUCACAAGGCUAUCAUCAGGCACAGAAGACACAUUACCCAGCCCAGCAAAGUGAUUACCAAGCUCAUCAGCCAGUGUACCAUCAAAUUCAGUUGGAUGAUCUGGACCAGAAGCCUCCACGUGCGCAGUCUCCAUUCAGGAAGUCACAGAGAGGCUCAGCAAGUCGGGAAAGUUCACCAGGCAGAAUCCAGUCUCCAACACCCAUCAGAAUACAGCCAGUCAAAUCUCAGGCUUCUCAGCAACAAGUGCCAACCCAAGGAUCACCACCAACUCUACCCCCUAAUGCCAAGUUUGAAAACAAGACAGGGCAAUCUGGAGCAGAGAUUCCUGCUCCACGUGUCCCCAUUCAAAUUAUUCAUGCUGAUAUAAACACAGAUACUAAUCCACCUCUGCAGAAACCACCUCCCACAGCAGAAAAUGUUGAUAAAAAGAUUCCUUGCCCUCCUAAUGCUGCUCCUAGAGAAGGAAGUCCUUUCCCACAAGAACAUGAACCACAGAAGACUUCAGAAGUGGAAGAGCCUCAGAAACACUCAGGAGUCUUGAAAGUUGAAGCUAUUCUAAAUAGAGUACAACAUCUAGAGCAGGAAGUUGAUUCUUUUCAAGGUAAGAAAAAUGGCAAAAAAUACUUAAUGAUUGAAGAGUAUUUGACCAAAGAGCUGCUAGCCUUGGACUCUGUGGACCCUGAGGGUCGUGCAGAUGUUCGACAGGCCCGGAGAGACGGUGUAAGAAAAGUCCAGAAUAUAUUGGAAAGACUUGAGCAGAAAGCGGAAGAUGUUCCAGAGCCCAUUCAAGGGGAUGGACUUCAGCCACCUUUGCCUGAGGUGACGCAGGAAAGAAUGGAUGUUGAUCCUCUAGUGGAAAACGUUUGUAAGGAUAUAAGCAAUGGGAAUGCCAAGGAGCAAAUAAAAAUGGAAAGGGAUCAGCCUGGAUGUAAGGAAGGCAUCGUUACCAAUCUUGCUAAAGAAACAAACACAUCUGAAAAUGUGACUCAACCAUAGCUACAGGCAAAAAGUAAAGUCCUUGGACUCUAAGUUAAAGUGUGUGUUAAGUGAAUGUUAACUUGCAUGCAUUUCAGGAGCUUUGCACCAAUUGGUUUUUAAUCAACAUAGCAGCUUGGAACACUGUAAACACUCAGGUGGGGAAGAUGUGGGGGGAUAAGGAAAAUACAUUUAGCCUAUAUUCUGUAUAUUGCUCAGAGGAUGUGUUUGAAGAAUAUCUUAUAAAAUGGUUUCUUUCAAGCUAACCCAGUGGGGAAAAAUGUAUUGGGUCAAUAUCGGCAAAUAGAGUGACUUAUGUAAAAUCUUUACCUAACCGCAUCAGAAUAACAAAUCCAUUUUUAAUAGGACACUCUUAAAGGGGGAAAAAACAUUUUCACUAUUAGGCACUUUAUGUACUGAUGCCUGGAAACUGUGUUAAGAAAAUCUAGGGAUAUUUAUAUGUGUUGAGAAUUUUAGUGCUAUAUUUUAAAUGGGAAAAGAAAUAAAACAAUACUGUAGAAACCUAA